AUGCACAGCGGCGGCCCGACAUUUCGUCAUGACGGCGAUGUAGGGGACCACGACGGCUAUCCACCAGCGAACACUGUCGCCCACACUCUUCAAUACACACCCAGUGCACGCCUCAAGAUUUUCCUCUCCUAUGGGCACGACAGGUUCCAAGCUCUUGCGUUCCACUUGAAAGCAGCAUUGCAACGACGCGGUCACGUGGUGUGGCUGGACAUUGAAAAGCUGUCGGCUGGUAUCGACUGGGAGGAAGGUAUUGCAGGCGGCUUGUCCUGGGUGCGAGAUGCAGGUGCAGACGGUCGAGUGCUGCUGAUCAUGACGCCUCACGCUCUACGACGGCCAGACGGCUAUUGUCUCAAUGAAGUGGCCAGGGCUGCGUCUUUGAGACUUAAUAUCUUUCCUGUUAUGGUUGCCGAGAGCGCUCCACCGCCGAGUAUCGCCAUGUUGCCAUUCUUCGAUAUGCGCGACUGCGUCCCCGAGGAUGUGGAGCAUGCAAAGGACAGUCAGGCGUGGCAAGAUCGCAUGAAAAGCUGCUUAGAAACGUCCACCUUCCUGGACAAGGCGGAGCGGUUGUAUACCGUCCUAGAACUGCUGAAUACAACGACUGACGCUGUGUUGUUACAGUUUGAGUCCAUUACAAGCUACGGCGUUCCUGCAGUCACAGGGUUGGCGAAUUUACGUCUCUUCCCAGGGUUCGAUGACCCUCAUCUGGACACGCCACGGAGUAGCAGUGUACGGCGAUUACUGUCGUUGUCUCCAACACGCGGACGGUCCGCCAGCCUCGAUGAAAACGGAGCUGUGUCGUGUCGAUCAACGCGCUAUGUGCUGAGCUACGACGAGAGUUGCUACGUGCUUGCUCUGCGUAUAUACCAAGAUCUUACCGACUCUGGCUACGCAGUGUUCCCUGUCUCAUCGGUGAUAACAAUGGAAGACGCAAGUUCUGGACUCAACUCUCGAGAAGAUGCUCUGCAAUGGGCGUCGGCCGAGAGAGAUGGCAAACUGAUCCUCUUGUUGACAGCAGAGAGUGUGGGGCGUCCGCAUGGUGUCAGUCUGAACGACGUGUCUGCAGCUAUGAGCGCAGGACUGGGCUUUGUGCCUCUACUCGUCCGCUCGUGCGAGAUUCCGCUCUCUAUCUGUCGAAUCCAAUGGCUCGACAUGACUGACUGUCUUGUAUACAGUGGCGAUGGGUUUGCAAGUCUCAAUCGAGUUCGAUACGAGAGUCGCAGGGAGCAACUAGUAUCAGCUUUGGAAGGGACGCUGGACCAUGAAGGUCAGCAGACUCGACUCUUCUCGCUGCUGUCGCCCUUCAGCUUCCAGCGUCAGAUCAGCCACCUCACGGAGACUUUUGUGGGCAGAGAAUGGCUCUUUCAGCUCUUCCAACGAUGGGUUCAAGGCUCUGCGGCUUCAACUCGUGAGCUCAGUAACCAGCGAGUUUUCUGGGUUAUCGGUCAGAUCGGUUCGGGGAAAUCGUCCGUGGCGGCGUGUAUGGUGCAGGCUUGUCCCGAAAUUGCGGCGUUCCACUUCGCCACACAAGAAGAUGAGCAGACACACAAUGCUCGACGAUGUGUUCUCUCGCUCGCUUAUCAACUCACCACGCAGCUACCCGAGUACGCGCACUAUUUGCAGUCUCACGAGCCAUUGGAAGAGAUGGUCCCGGUUGCUUCGUUCGUGGAACUCGUGACGCAUUUGCUGAUUGGUCCUCUAAAUGCCAUUGCGAGACCAUCGAAGUACAAGUCGCUGGUCCUGCUGAUUGAUGGCGUCGAGUGGCUACUACCGGCUUCCUGUACGCCUGUAAAUGGGGGAUCAUGGAGAGAAAGUAAAGACGAAGAGUGUCUCGUGUCAAUGCUACCAAUGCUCGUGUCACGCUUACCGGAAUGGGUGCGUAUUGUCUUGCUGAGUCGAGAAGAGCCCCCCGUGCUCUCCAAACUCCACGCCUUCGACCCUCCUGACGUGAUUAUCGAGCAAUUCAAGCUGCAAAACGACCAAGAUAUCCGUCGAUUUAUCAGCUCGUCCCUCUCAAAACUGAACUUGAGUGACGUGGAUUUCGAACAGGCUUCGGCUCAAAUUGGCUCGGGGUCCGACACUGGUGAGUUCGGGAUGGAGCAAGUCGUCGAGUUAAUUGCUCGACGCUCCGAAGGACUCUUUUUGUACGCCGUUAACGUCGUUCAAGCCAUCAGUGAAGGACGUUUGCGUCUUCACGAGUUGGCCGAGCUACCGGUGGGUAUGGGAGCCUAUCUACAUCAAUUCUUCGCGAGUCAUUUCGCUGAUCAUGACGUGUAUAAGCACCGUAUACGACCCGUACUGGAGGUUUGUUGUGCAGCGUACGAGCCCCUCCCUUUAGCAACACUUGCUCGAGUAUUGGAAUGGGACGUGUACGAACAGAGAGAUGCAGCUGCUAUGCUUGGUUCUCUCUUCUCGAUAGAAGCCGGACAUGACCCGGAAGCGCAGCUACUGCGACCAUUUCACUCGUCCGUCUUGGAUUGGGUACGUGACAGCAACAGCUCUGGCGUCUUCUUUGUCGAUGUGGCAUCCGGACACGAGCGGCUUGGUCGCUGGGCGGCACGAGAGCACCAGACACUCACUCGCAGCAAUGUUUCCGAGUUUGUCAACCUCAACUAUGAACUGGAAGCUACGGGCGAUGAAAAACUUAAGGCGAAGAUUUACAUUGUACGCAAUGCCUGCAACCACUUGAUGCAAGCUACUGGAGAGGACUGCAUGCGGCUCGUUGCGGCGUUUGCAGCAGAUGAAAAGUUUCAGCUAGCGCGUCGGCUUUUGCACGUUCGUGCUGAGGGUUUGCAGAGCUUUUUCCAUGGAGACAUCUCUCGUGAGAAAGCGCAGGAGCUUCUGGCACGACGUCAACCUCAUCGAGUUGGCAGUUUUCUCAUCCGCUACACGGCACGACAACGCACAUACUGCGCUUCGUUCGUUGCUGCGCUGGAUGACGCAACUGGUGCGCCCAAGUUCCGUCACAAUUUGAUCCACCACUUAGAGAAUGGCUCGUACUCGACUGUUCCACCAGCAGAGGUGACGGAGAAAACGAUCUUGUAUCCAGAUCUCAUAAGCUUCGUCGAGCAGUACCAGCGCAAAGGAGUCCUGACAGCUCCAGUCGCACGUGACGUGCCUUUGAAUCGAGAGAUAUCCAGAUAA